AUGCCAACAGUUACGUUGCUGGCCCUGACCUUCUUUCUACUUGUGAUUUCACAAAUCGUCUACUACACCUUCUUUCAUCCCCUUGCAAAAUACCCUGGGCCUGCUAUUUCAAAGUUCACCAAUUUGUGGAAGGCUUAUCAGCUAUGGAGCUUGCACAUGCCUGAAACUCUGACACAGCUACACGACAAGUACGGCGAGGUUGUACGUGUUGGUCCAAAUGAUUUAUCCUUCAACGGUGGCAAAGCAAGCGCCCAGAUUUAUAAAGCUGGGCGUGGCUUACCAAAAACUAAAUUCUACAAUGGAUUCACUACAUUUAAUCCAAACCUAUUUGGGACGCAAGAUGAAGAGAUUCAUAGCAUACGCCGUCGACAAAUGGCCCAUGCAUUCUCCUUGCAAUCCAUUCGAGGAAUGGAAAGCUACAUCGACACACACUUGUUGCAAUUGCGCAAAAACCUCGAUCAUUAUGUGAAGACGGAAGAGGUUUUCGAUCUCAAAGAGUUGAUUGCAUUUUACGUCCUCGACGUAUUGGGUGAGCUUGCUUUCAGCAGAAGCUUUAAUUCCCAGGUUGAACAAGAUUCGGAAAAGCUGCCGCCAAUCAACGACCACAUCUACCUCAGUUGUUUACUGGGUAUGAUGCCUGAGAUGAUGCCUUUCCUCAAAGUAGUGGCUGCUUGGACACCACUGCCAUGGUUUCAAGGACUCUUUCGAGCUCGAAAGCUGUUGAAGAAUUUGACUGCAGAGUGUGUCAGCCACCGAAUGAGGGAGAAGAUUAGCAACCGAAAAGAUCUUCUCACAUGCCUCAUCAACGCAGUCGACCCAGAGACUGGAGCUAUUUUGACAGAGCUUGACAUCCAUACCGAAGCUUUUGCGAUGAUAGUUGCAGGUUCCCACACUACAUCGGGUACCCUCACACUCCUGUUUUCGCACAUUCUUCAAAAUCAAAAGGUCUUGGAAAAGGUCGUCGCUGAGAUUGAUCAAAAUCUAUCGCAUAUUACUGAUGAAAUAAACCCAAGUGAUGAUUUGGAGCAAAGUUUGCCCUAUGUCAUGGCUUGCAUUCAAGAAAAUUUCAGAAUUGCGCCAGUUUUUACUAUGCCUUUGGCACGCAAGGUCAUUACGGAAGGAGGCAUUGAGAUAGACGGACACAUCAUUCCAAGAAAUACGACUGUUUUCAGCUUGAAUCAUGUUGUUCACCAUAACCCGUCUAUCUGGGGAUCAGAUCAUGACAAAUUUGACCCGUCAAGAUUUCUUGGGCCCAAAGCAGAUUUCUUCAAGCGCCAUUUGACUCCCUUUAGCAUUGGCCAUCGCAUGUGCAUUGGGAAAAAUAUGGCCAUGACGAAUAUUCUCAAAGUGCUGACUACCGUUUUGAAGCACUACCAAUUAGAAAUGAUGGACCCGAAACAGAAAAUAUCCACGAUUAGUGUGGGAAUUUCUGAAAAGGACGUCCCUUUGGAGUGUCGUGUAAGGAGACGUAUUCUAUCCGAUGCGAGCUAG